AGCAGCGAUGGAGAAGUAUGAGAAAAUCAAAGUUGUUGGAAGAGGAGCUUUCGGGAUCGUUCACCUUUGCCGCAGGCGCAGCGACGGGGCCUUUGUCAUCCUGAAGGAGAUCCCAGUGGAGCAGAUGUCACGAGACGAACGUCUGGCGGCUCAAAACGAGUGUCAGGUGCUCAAACUGCUCAACCACCCAAAUAUCAUAGAGUACUAUGAGAACUUCCUGGAAGACAAGGCCCUCAUGAUAGCGAUGGAAUAUGCACCAGGUGGAACCUUGGCUGACUACAUACAGAAGCGAUGUAACUCCCUGCUGGACGAGGACACCAUCCUUCACUUCUUCGUACAGAUCUUACUCGCUCUGUACCACGUUCACAACAAGCUCAUCCUGCACCGAGACCUCAAGACACAGAACAUCCUACUCGACAAGCACCAGAUGAUCGUCAAAAUCGGUGACUUUGGCAUCUCCAAAAUCCUUGUUAGCAAGAGCAAAGCUUACACGGUGGUUGGGACUCCUUGCUACAUCUCGCCAGAGCUGUGUGAAGGAAAGCCGUACAACCAGAAGAGCGACAUCUGGGCUUUGGGCUGCGUGCUGUAUGAGCUGGCGAGCCUCAAGAGAGCCUUCGAGGCUGCUAAUCUACCCGCCCUCGUUCUGAAGAUCAUGAGCGGUACCUUUGCUCCGAUAUCAGACCGGUACAGCCCAGAACUUCGGCAGCUCAUCCUCAACAUGCUCAAUCUGGAUCCAUCCAAGCGGCCUCAACUCAAUGAAAUAAUGGCUCUCCCCAUAUGCAUCAGGCCCCUGCUUAACCUCUACACAGAUAUAGGCAACGUAAAAAUGCGAAGGAUUGAGAAACCACUGUCUACUGUGCAAACUGGUCCUCAGGGUAGAGCAGGAGGGAGAGUUCCUACCAGCAGGUCCAGAGAUGGAUCAGUGGGUUUAGGGUCAGGAAAGGUGCACACACUCCCACUGUCUUUGGUGUAUACGUGGGGAAGUGGCAUCUCAGCGCCUCUCCGCCUGCCCAUGCUCAACACCGAAGUGCUUCAGGUGUCUCUCGGCCGCACGCAGAAGAUGGGAGUCACUAAGUCCGGCCGUCUGAUUACAUGGGAGGCUCCGUCAGUGGGGUCUGGUGAGGCCAGUCUUCCCGGUGUGGUGGAGCAGAUGCAGCCUCAGUUCAUUUCUCGCUUCCUCGAGGGUCAGUCUGGAGUCACCAUCAAGUCUGUGUCCUGCGGCGAUCUCUUUACCACCUGCAUGACAGACAGGGGCAUUAUCAUGACGUUUGGGAGCGGGAGCAACGGCUGUCUGGGGCACGGUAACUUCAAUGAUGUAACGCAGCCCAAGAUAGUGGAGGCACUCCUUGGCUACGAGCUGGUUCAGGUGUCCUGCGGUGCUUCUCACGUUCUCGCUGUGACCAAUGAGAGAGAAGUAUUUGCCUGGGGAAGAGGAGACAAUGGUCGCCUCGGGCUUGGCACUCAAGACACCCACAACUGUCCACAGCAGGUGUGUCUACCUGUGGAAUUCGAAGCCCAGAGGAUAGUAUGUGGAGUCGACUGCUCCAUGAUAAUCAGCACCCAAUACAGUAUAGUAGCGUGUGGAAGCAACAGGUUCAACAAGCUCGGCCUGGACAGGAUUACAUCUGGAGAGGAACCAAAUCCCUCGAAUCAAGUGGAAGAAGUUCAUUCUUACACUCCGGUCCAAUCAGCGCCCCUCAACAGCGAGAAGACUGUUUACAUUGACAUCGGGACGGCCCAUUCAGUUGCUGUUACAGAAAGAGGUCAGUGUUUUACCUUCGGCAGCAACCAGCACGGCCAGAUGGGCUGCAGUUCCCGUCGUAGCAGCCGUGUUCCCUACCUGGUGCCCGGCCUGCAGGGUAUCACCAUGGCUGCCUGUGGCGACGCCUUCACCUUAGCUAUCGGAUCAGAAGGGGAGGUGUACACGUGGGGAAAGGGGGCCCGCGGCCGACUCGGAAGAAAAGAGGAGGACUCUGGGAUACCGAAGGCGGUGCAGCUCGACGAGAGUCACCCGUUCGCGGUGACAUCGGUGGCCUGUUGUCAUGGCAACACUCUGCUGGCAGUGAAACCUCUGCUCGAGGAGCCUGUCCCGAGAUGAUUUUACCCAGAAAACUAACCCAAUCAGUGGCCGCCAUGAAAGCUGGCCGUGGCCUGAGGAGGAGGAGGAGGAGGAGGAGGAAGACAGCUUCCUCGGUUUCAUUCUACAGCUGCAGCCUCAGAUUUUCUCUUGCGCUUCGUCUCUGUCUAGUCCAUCUAUUUUUCUUUCAGGAAUGUUUGCUUGUUUCACUCAGCAGCUUGAUAACACGGAGCAAAGCUCAGAAAAGGUCGUGGCCUGUCUGUGGCAGCAGGUGUAUCACAACAGGUAGGUCAAAGGAAUGUUGCAACACUGAUACUGAAGCUGGAUUAGAGGAAGUCAUUAGGCAGCUGUCAUGUGGAGAGCUAUUGUCCUCUCUCACGUGCGGCAUUUGCACGAUAAACUCGUGAAAGGCCAGCGAAAGUCAAACUGGUUUGAGCUCUCUUAAGCAACUGGUGAAUGAGACGAAAAGAAUGAAACCACUUGAGCGAUCAUCAGUCAAACGGAGCGAACACAUUCAUCUUGGUCACAUCGUCAGUGGUCACUUUGUGCUUUAUUGGAUUAGUCCUCCAAUACAGCAGUGUUCGAACCAGAUAACGACGGGCUGAGUCAGAAAUCACUCCCUUGUUCACCCUUUCACUGCUCUGCAUAAUAAGCACUCAGCAGUUCACUCAUGGACGAUUUAUGAACCAGAGGGCCCCUGUGCACAGACGCAUAAAAGCCCCCCAGUCGUCCCCCAGAAGAACAUAAACCCAGACUGAAAGCCACACAGAUGUGAUUUGUGGCGGCUUUGUGUCUCCAGCUGUGCAACUUUCUGAUGUUUUGAAUCAUUUUAUGCCCCAUUGUGGUCCAUUUGUAUGUCAUUUUGCAUCGCUCUGUGGUCCUUUGCAUUUAAUUUGUGUUGUUUUUUUGUCUUAUUUUGCUUGUUGUGUCUCUUUUGGGUCAUUUUUUGUCACAUU